AUGGAACCCUUGGUAACCUUCACCUUCACCUCUUUUUUUCCUUUCCUUUACUUUGUCUCCCCCCCCCCCCCCCCCCCCCUCUCUCCUCCCUCUCAAUCCCCCCACAGGUGUUUCUACGGGAGUCUCUGGAGCACAGGUUGGAGAAGCAGCGGGAGAUGGAGGUGCUGAAAGCAGCCAUGAUCAUCCAGGCUCACGUCAUGGGCUACAUGGCCAGGUAAAUGUGCCACAUAUCCUGUAUGUGCACCAGGUUUGAGGUCAUUUCAGUUUUCCUUUAAGUUAUGAAAUUCAUGAAUCAAAAAUUGCCUGUUGCCCUAAUCUUUUUUCAGUGUAUGAAUUUACAUUUGAAAUUCACUUCCUGAAUUGACUAAUUGGAUGCUGAAUUGACCGCAACCGUGAUAGGCAUAUACCAUACAGCACACACACACACACAAGUAUGGGUAGCAGCAGCCCAAUAUGGCAACCGGAGUAUGGGUGAGUGGGUAUGUCGAAAGGAGUGGGUCUAUUGAAAGCGAAUCAGCUAAUUGGCCAAAUUUGUUGCCACUCGAUCGUUUUGCGUGGCUGAUUGGGCUGAACUACAAGUCCAUAAUAGGCCACCAGUGCUCCGCCGACUUGAAGCGCUUCCUACUGGGUAGCAUGGUCGUGUCACCGGUGGUAGCUACGUGGGGCUUUUAUUCUCUCACAUGAUUUUAUUUCAAGUCGGAUAGCAGUCUAAACAAGAAAUAACUGAUAAGCAUCUAGAUGUCACCUUGAUACAUACAGUCUACUACUCAAUGGUGAGGGCAUGAACGGCAACAGCAUACAAUCUUCCCAGCUCUGCAGAUUUUGCUGCGAAGAGACAGAAUCAAUAGAUCAUGUGUUUUGGUACUGUCCAUUUGUAGCUUGUUUUUGGUCACAGGACCAGGAAUGGCUGAAGGAUUGCAAUAUUUACCUGGAGCUAACCCUGCAGAUAGCAUUACUGGGUGAUCUGAAAAGUGAUAGUCAAUCAAUCAAUAAUAUAAUAAUACUUUUAGCAAAAAAAUAUGUUUUCAAUUAACAAUCUGUAGAAACAAUGAGAAUAGAAAGGUUCAGAACUUUUGUGAAAUAUCACAGUACAGUUGAAAAAUAUAUGGCAAAUAGAAAUCCAAUAUGGAUGGUGUUGAGAUAGAUGGGAGGGGUUGAAUGGAGCUGAAGGUUGGGACUAAUAACAACUAAUAACAACAAGAUAAAAAUUGUAAAACAUACUGUGUCCAUAAUAACUAUAUAGGUUAUAGGUUAAGAACUUUUGUGAAAGAGCACAGUUUGAAAGAUAUGGCAAACCGGAUGGACAUCAUGAAAAUGAUCGGAGAGGUUGAGGGUAGAGGAAGUUCAGGAGUAAAAUCAAACAAAAUAGAACUAUUGUAACAUUGACUGUGUCCAUAAAAUGUAUAUAGUAUGUACUGUAUAAGCUGGAAGUAGAGGCCUAAGCAUUGUUGGUCAGGCCUACAAACCUGACUCAGUUACACCAGCUCUGUCAGGAGGAAUGGGCCAAAAAUCACCCAAUUUAUUGUGGGAAGCUUGUGCAAGGGUACCUGAAACGUUUAACCCAAGUUAAACAAUUUAAAGGCAAUGCUACCAAAUACUAAUUGAGUGUAUGUAAACUUCUGACCCAUGGGAAUGUGAUGAAAAAAAUAAAAGCUAAAAUAAAUAAUUCUCUCUACUAUUAUUUUGACAUUUCACAUUCUUAAAAUAAAGUGGCAAUCCUAACUGACCUAAGACAGGGAUUUUUUGCUAGGAUUAAAUGUCAGGAAUUGUGAAAAACUGAGUUUAAAUGUAUUUGGCUAAGGUGUAUGUAAACUUCCGACUUCAACUGUAUGUGUACAUAUAUAUAUACACUACCCGUCAAAAGGUCGGACACACCUACUCAUUCAAGGGUUUUUCUUUAUUUUUUUUUAUUUUUUUAAUUUGUAGAAUAAUAGUGAAGACAUCAAAACUAUUAAAUAACACAUAUGGAAUCAUGUUGUAACCAAAAAAGUGUUAAACAAAUCAAAAUAUAUUUUAUAUUUGAGAUUCUUCAAAUAGCCACCCUUCUUUGCACACGCUUGGCAUUCUCUCAACCAGCUUCAUGAGGUAGUCACAUGGAAUGCAACAGGUGUGCCUUCUUAAAAGUUAAUUUGUGGAAUUUAUUUCCUUCUUAAUGCAUUUGAGCCAAUCAGUUGUGUUGUGACAAGGUAGGGGGUGGUAUACAGAAGAUAGCCCUAUUUGGUAAAAGACCAAGUCCAUAUUAUGGCAAGAACAGCUCAAAUAAGCAAAGAGAAACGACAGUCCAUCAUUACUUUAAGACAUGAAGGUCAGUCAAUACGGAACAUUUCAAGAACUUUGAAAGUUUCUUCAAGUGCAGUCGCAAAAACCAUCAAGUGCUAUGAUGAAACUGGCUCUCAUGAGGACCACCACAGGAAUGGAAGACCCAGAGUUAACUCUGCUGCAGAGGAUAAGUUCAUUAGAGUUACCAGCCUCAGAAAUUGCAGCCCAAAUACAUGCUUCACAGAGUUGAAGUCACAGACACAUCUCAAGAUCAACUGUUCAGAGGGGACUGUGUGAAUCAGGCCUUCAUGGUCGAAUUGCUGCUAAGAAACCACUACUAAAGGACACCAAUAAUAGAAGAGACCUGUUAUGGCCAAGAAACACGAGCAAUGGACAUUAGACCAGUGGAAAUAUGUCCUUUGGUCUGGAGUUUUUGGUUUCAACUGCCGUGUCUUUGUGAGACACGGUAUGGGUGAACGGAUGAUCUCCGCAUGUGAGAACUCCUUCAAGACUGUUGGAAAAGCAUUCCAGGUGAAGCUGGUUGAGAGAAUGCCAAGAGUGUGCAAAGCUAUCGUCAAGGCAAAGGGUGGCUAUUUGAAGAAUCUCAAAUAUAACAUAUAUUUUGAUUUGUUUAACACUUUUUUGGUUACUACAUGAUUUCAUUUGUGUUAUUUCAUAGUUUUGAUGUCUUCACUAUUAUUCUACAAUGUAGAAAAUAGUAAAAAUAAAGAAAAACCCUUGAAUGAGUAGGUGUGUCCAAACUUUUGACUGGUACUGUAUAUAUUUGCGAAAACAAAAUAUAUGGGAGAUUGGAAGUGAUGCAGACAGUUACAUUGAUGGAAGUUACAAUCUUUCUGCAAUAUUAAAGCUGGUCUACCCCCUAAAUAAAAAAUAAAAUAAAUAAAAUUCAAAUGAUAUACAAAAAAUAACAUGGCAACAACACCGGGACACAGUGCCCUUUGCUCCCACUUGACAAGCACCUAUGUCCGGCAACGCAGUGGGAAGUAGCUAUCCAAUAUCAGGGUGACCAUCACAGUAAGCACAUGCAUACAACUCAUGAAGCAACAAUAAACCCAUCAUCAAUACUUUUAAUAAAAAAUGAACAAUUGUUAGUUUAAUAACUGAAAAUGUACAGUGAUGUGUAAAACUAACAAAAAUACAAAAUACUAAAAUAAAAAACGGUGAAAUACGACUCAGACAUCCUCUGGCUUAAAAACAUAAGUCCAAACUCUCACGGUAUGGUAGCUCAAUGUACGGUAGUUGCAUGGUAAGAAACAGAAGAAGAAAAAAAACAGCUCAAUCAAAACCGUCUAACCAAAAGUAGAGCGCUUUCGACACACCCACUCCUUUUCACACGCCCAUUACUGUGUAUAAUGUGUAUAUUUGUGUUGUAUUGUGCAAGGCACAUUUGAAAAAAGAGACUUAGGUCUCAAUAUGUCUUCCUUGGUAAAAUAAAGGUAAAAUACAAAAAAUACUUUCCUUUCGACACACCCAUUCUCCCAUACUCCGGUCGCCAUAUUGGGAUGCAGCUACCCCCUUCUCUACACACAGCCUCUUCGGGGGAAACGAUUGGGCCAAAGUCAGACCCUGGGGGGGACCACUUACUUGAUUAUGCAUACAUACUUACUGAGUACCUAUUCUGAUGUUUAGCUAUUCCAAGAUGAGACCACACUAAGAGAUACGAUUCCAAGACAAGAGCUAUAUCAAUUUCCUUGAUGUCACUCCACAGGAAGCAGUACAGGAAGCUGCUGCAGUGCAUUGUGGUCAUUCAGAAGAACUACAGGGCGUUUUAUUGGAGGCGGAAGUUCUUGCUCCUGCGCUGGGCUGCUCUCACCUUCCAGAAAUGCCUGAGGGGCCAGUUGGCACGAAAGGUCUACUGCCAACUCCUGGAUGAGAGGAAGAUCAGGGAGGAGGAUAAGAGGAGGAGGAAGGUGGAAGAGCUGGAUAGGUGGGCUAUUUGCAGUUUCUGUGUGUGUGUGUGUGUGUGUGUGUGUGUGUGUGUGUGUGUGUGUGUGUGUGUGUGUGUGUGUGUGUGUGUGUGUGUGUGUGUGUGUGUGUGUGUGCUGACUGGGGUUGGACUUGAUUAUUCCACUUUACUAAUUUAUGUAGAUGACACUGUUGUGUAUGCUAUUGCCCACACGGCUGACUAGGCUAUUACGGAGCUUUAAUCUGCCUUUAUUGACUUGCAGAAAAUAACUAUAAAUAAACAGACUUCUUGUUAAAUAAUUGUCAACACAUAACACUAUAUUAAUGUGUGGGAUUUUCACAGUAUUACAAGACACAACUAGUAGGUCUAUUUCACUCCAGCAGCUAGCAUAAUCUUUCCGUCCACAAUUCACCUGUGGGAACAUUGUGGCUCGCAACACCUGACAACAGAAAGAGUUGGCCGCUACUAUCCGUGAGAUUGUUCGUGAGGAAAUUACCUCAGCCUUCGACUUGCAAUUAAAACCGGUAAAUGAAUAUCUUGCACUGCUCACUCAACUAAAGUGGACAGUUUGGAAACAGUGGCCAAGGUGUGACUCCAUGACCUGGAAACAGCGCAAAAUGGAAGCUAGAAGGGGAAAUCAAUAUCCUAAAAAAGAGAACAGAAUCACUCAGAAAUAAUUCCUGUGAAUUCAAUAUGCAGGUCACAGGACUUGAAACUGGUGUGGAAUUGGGAAAACCAACUUCCUUCAUGAGCAAAAUAUUUUCUAUGAACUGUUUGGGCAGGAAAAGUUGGGUCCCAUGCCGCUGAUUAACAUUGCUCACCGCACGAGUCCUAUCCACAACGGAGCUCGGUGUAUGAUUGUACGAAUCCACAGUUUUGAAGUCAAAUGGCAAAUUGUUCGCCUCGCAGCAGAAUUGGGGGCUUUGAAGAGGAUCAGCAUCUAUUCAGACCUGAGUGCCGAACUGCUGAAACAGAGGGCGACCUACAACUAGCUGAGAUCACAGAUACGCAAGCUAAACCUGAGAUGCGGCUUCAUCCACCCGGCAAAACUCAUCUAGACUUUCCAGAAUACAGCACAAACGUUUUCCACUGCCAAGGAGGCUCAAGACUUCUUUGAGAAGCACGUCAAGCCAACACACAAGGGGACGAGCCGACAGAUCUGGGCUAACCCCAAUUUGACUGGCUCAAUAUUCAGGUAUGCUAUCCAUGCACAAUCCUGCCCUCAGCAUAAGACAAUGAUGAGGACAACCCCUCAAUUGGGUAAAAGGAACACUAUUAUUAUUAUUAUUAUUAUUAUUAUUAUUAUUAUUAUUAUUGCUGAACAUUGCACUUUGAUAUUAUUAUAUUGCCUAUGGUUCAGGACAUUUAGACAAUGAUGACAUCACGUCAAUUAAUGAACAAUGGACUAUCUUUUUUUGGUGACCAACUGUUUUUGUUUGUUGUUUAUUUUUUGAGGGGUUCAGAUCACAGGCAAUAAUAUAUAGUACAUAGAUCCACCCUCCAGGCGACUAGAGAAAACCCUCCCUAUACCACCCCUUCCCUGUGGGCCUGAAAGCAAAAAAAGUAAAAUAAUAUCAAAAUACGUAUACAGCGCCUUCAGAAAGUAUUCACACCCCUUGACGUUUUCCACAUUUUGUUGUGUUACAGCCUGAAUUUAAAAUAGAUAACAUUUAGAUUUAUUUUUUAAAGAAGAAAAAAAAGAUGGAUAUCCUGAAAUGUCUUUCGGCAAUAAGUAUUCAACCCCUUUGUUAUGGCAAGCCUAAAUAAGUUCAAGAGUAAACAUUUGCUUAACAAGUCACAUAAUAAGUUGCAUUGAUCUCACUCUGUGUGCAAUAAUAGUGUUUAACAUGAUUUUUUAAUGACUACUGCAUCUCUGUACACAGAUUCAACCCCAAAGACCAGGAAGGUUUUCCAAUGGUAGAUGGGUUAAAAAAAAUAAAGUAGACAUUGAAUAUCCCUUUGAGCAUGGUGAAGUUAUUACACUUUGGAUGGUGUGUCAAUACACCCAAUGACUACGAAGUGUAACGUAGACGCAGGGAGUCAGGAAGCAGGUGCAGUUAGUGAGUUAAAUAAUAACGAACAUGGAACGAUACAAAACAAGAGAAGUGUCUGACAUGGAAACGCGAACAAUACUACCUGAUGCCUGACAAAACAGAGUGCUAGAUAAAUGGUAAGUAAUGAAGGUAGUAAUGAGGUCCAGGUGUGACUGAUGAUAGGGCACAGGUGUGCGUAAAGAUGGGUUGCCAGGACCGGUGGUUAGUAGACCGGUGAUGUCGAGCGCCGGAGCAGGAGAGCGGGAGUAGACGUACAGUGAGGGAAAAAGUAUUUGAUCCUCUGCUGAUUUUUUACGUUUGCCCACUGACAAAGACAUGAUCAGUCUAUAAUUUUAAUGGUAGGUUUAUUUGAACAGUGAGAGACAGAAUAACAACAAAAAAAUCCAGAAAAACGCAUGUCAAAAAUGUUAUAAAUUGAUUUGCAUUUUAAUGAGGGAAAUAAGUAUUUGACCCCCUCUCAAUCAGAAAGAUUUCUGGCUCCCAGGUGUCUUUUAAACAGGUAAUGAGCUGAGAUUAGGAGUACACUCUUAAAGGGAGUGCUCCUAAUCUCAGCUUGUUACCUGUAUAAAAGACACCUGUCCACAGAAGCAAUCAAUCAAUCAGAUUCCAAACUCUCCACCAUGGCCAAGACCAAAGAGCUCUCCAAGGAUGUCAGGGACAAGGAUGUCAGGGACAAGAUUGUAGACCUACACAAGGCUGGAAUGGGCUACAAGACCAUCGGCAAGCAGCUUGGUGAGAAGGUGACAACAGUUGGUGCGAUUAUUUGCAAAUGGAAGAAACACAAAAUAACUGUCAAUGUCCCUCGGCCUGGGGCUCCAUGCAAGAUCUCACCUCGUGGAGUUACAAUGAUCAUGAGAACGGUGAGGAGUCAGCCCAGAACUACAAGGGAGGAUCUUGUCAAUGAUCUCAAGGCAGCUGGGACCAUAGCCACCAAGAAAACAAUUGGUAACACACUACGCCGUGAAGGACUGAAAUCCUGCAGCGCCCGCAAGGUCCCCCUGCUCAAGAAAGCACAUAUACAGGCCCGUCUGAAGUUUGCCAAUGAACAUCUGAAUGAUUCAGAGGAGAACUGGGUGAAAGUGUUGUGGUCAGAUGAGACCAAAAUUCGAGCUCUUUGGCAUCAACUCAACUUACCGUGUUUGGAGGAGGAGGAAUGCUGCCUAUGACCCCAAGAACACCAUCCCCACCAUCAAACAUGGAGGUGGAAACAUUAUGCUUUGGGGGUGUUUUUCUGCUAAGGGGACAGAACAACUUCACCGCAUCAAAGGGACGAUGGACGGGGACAUGUACCGUCAAAUCUUGGGUGAGAACCUCCUUCCCUCAGCCAGGGCAUUGAAAAUGUGUUGUGGAUGGGUAUUUCAGCAUGACAAUGACCCAAAACACACGGCCAAGGCAACAAAGGAGUGGCUCAAGAAGAGCACAUUAAGGUCCUGGAGUGGCCUAGCCAGUCUCCAGACCUUAAUCCCAUAUAAAAUCUGUGGAGGGAGCUGAAGGUUUGAGUUGCCAAACGUCAGCCUCGAAACCUUAAUGACUUGGAGAAGAUCUGCAAAGAGGAGUGGAACAAAAUCCCCCCUGAGAUGUGUGCAAACCUGGUGGCCAACUACAAGAAACGUCUGACCUCUGUGAUUGCAAACAAGGGUUUUGCCACCAAGUACCAAGUCAUGUUUUGCAGAGGGGUCAAAUACUUAUUUCCCUCAUUAAAAUGCAAAUCAAUUUAUAACAUUUUUGACAUGCGUUUUUCUGGAUUUUUGUUGUUGUUAUUCGGUCUCUCACUGUUCAAAUAAACCUACCAUUAAAAUUAUAGACUGAUCAUGUCUUUGUCAGUGGGCAAACGUACAAAAUCAGCAAGGGAUCAAAUACUUUUUUCCCUCACUGUAACACAAAGAUACAGGCAUCCUUCCUAACUCAGUUGCCAGAGAGGAAGUGAAUUUCACCAUGAGGCCAAUGGUGACUUUAAAACAGUUACAGAGUUGAAUGGCUGUGAUAGGAGAAAUUCCACAAUACUAACCUAACUGAAGAAUUUAGAGAAACAUAAUACCAAUUUGACAGAGCUUGAAGAAUUCUGGAAAGAAUAAUGGGUAAAUGUUGCACAAUCCAGGUGUGGAAAACUCUUAGAGACUUACCCAGAAAGACUCACAGCUGUAAUCAGUACCAAAGGUGCUUCUACAAAGAAUUGACUGAGGGGUGUGAAUACUUAGGUAAAUGAGAUAUUGAUGUAUGUCAUUUUCAAUACAUUUGCUAACAUUUCUAAAAACAUUUCAUCACUUUGUCAUUAUAGGGUAUUGUGUGUAGAUGGGUGAGGAAAAACAUAUAUUUAAUAAAUGUUCAAUUCAGGUUAACACAACAAAAUGUGGAUUAAGACUUACAAAUUACCAAACCCAGUCUCCGGCUUGGAUAACACUGGAUGCCCCUUCGGUCUCCACAGAGUUGGGUAAAGCUGCUUUUAGUGUUCUUGCGCCUUUUAUGUGGAACAACUUACAAUCCAUAGUGUGGUAUCAAAAUGUAUAUGGCAAGGUAAGAGAGACCAGAUAAAAUGAACAAACUUACAAAAGAGGGAAAGACGUAGGAGGACUAUCCGUACCAAACUUUAAAUUGUAUUUCCAGGCACUAGCAUUUAAUCCCAUCCUAAAUUGGUUUAGACAUGAUUCUUCCGCACCUUGGCGAGACAUAUGAUGUCUCCUAUUGCCCUGGAAGAGAUUGUCUUCACUGAUAUAUCCCUUAAAGAAUGUAAACUACACUUUGGUCCUAUUAGUGCUCACACAAUUUCUAUUUGGCGCAAAAUUUAAACAUAAUGUAACUGGGAAUCAAAAUGGCACGGACAUACUCCAUAUUGGAAGGAAUGGCCGGCAGGGAUGUAGCUCAAUGGUAAGAGCAUGGCAGUUUGCAACGCCAGGGUUGGGGUUCGAUUCCCACGGGGGGCCAGUUAUGAAAAAAUAAUAAUGUAUGCAUCACUAACUGUAAGUCGCUCUGGAUAAGAGCGUCUAAAUUACUAAAAAUGUAAAAUGUAAAAAAUACAAUAUUUGCACACAUAUGCCUUGUGUUGGACUGGCCUUUUGCAGCCCCCCAAUGGUCCAAAUUUGGAAUCUGUACCCUUGCCGAUAUCAUGGACAGUAAUGGUUUGAGAACAUUCCAAGAUUUGAAAGACAUACAUAUUCCCCGGCAACUCCUUUUUUCUAUAUUUACAACUUGGGUCAACUAUGCUGGCCUAUGGAGUCCCUUGAGAAACCCAACUUCCAAACCAUCCAAUGAUGGGAUUUAUAAAUAAAUUAUCUGGGCUCCCGAAAGGACUGAUCUCUAUAAUAUAUAAACACUUUUGAAAAGCUCAUAUUCUGAGCUAGUCAUUAAAAAAGUAUGGUCCACAGAUCUAAAUGAAUCUGAACAAACCUUUGACUGUAACAGAAUAUGGGAAAUGACCUUGUCAUCCCGUAAUCCGAACCAUCAAUUUAUACUUUUCAAGUUUGUUCACAGACUGUAUUUAACACCAAGGAACACCAAGGAAACUUGGCCCCAACUGUUCACUGUGUCCCCUAAAUCAGGUAGGCACAUUCCUUCAUAUGUGAAAUGCCCUGCAGUUAUAUGCUUCUGGGACAAAGUUACAAAAUUCAUUUAGAAGUGCAUAUAUGUAAAUAUUCAAUGCUUUGCAUCUACUAUGUUACUUAACGAUGACAGCUCCUUGAAUCUCUCAAUCAAUCAGAGACGAUAACUGCUGGCAGGCAGCACUGCCGCAAAAAAAGAUGUCAAUCACUCGCUCCCAAUUCGCCAGUGGAUACAGUUACUAUUAGAAGUUAUAUUAAUAAUAAUAAUAAUAAUUUAUUAUAUUUGUAAAGCACUUUUCCUUAUACAGAUGAAUCUCAAAGUGCAUAAAAUAAAAAAUUAAAACAAAUAGACAAAAAUGUAAAGUAAAUAAACACAACUAGACAAGGCCUGUUCCCGCCACCCCUCCCCAAAAAUGUCUGACUAUGCAUUAUGAGAUAGUAAAUCAUAAUUUUUUGAUAGUAAGUCAUUAUUAUGAGACAGUAAGUCAUAAUUAUGAGAUAGUAAGUCAUAAUUAUGAGAUAGCAAGUUAUAAUUAUGAGAUAGAAAGUCAUUAUUAUGAAAUAGUAAGUCAUAAUUAUAAGAUAGUAACUCGUUAUGAUGGUAAUUAUUAUGAGAUAUAUACAGUGCCUUCGGAAAGUAUUCAGACCCCUUGACUUUUUCCACAUUUUGUUACGUUAGUCUUAUUCUGAAAUGGAAUAAAUAAAAACAAUUCCUCAGCAAUCUACACACAAUACCCCAUAAUGACUAAGCGAAAAGAGGUUUGUAGAAAUUUUAGCACAUUUAUAAAAAAUAAAAAAACAGAAAAACAUUAUUUACAUAAGUAGUCAGACCCUUUGCUAUGAGACUCGAAAUUUACCUCAGGUGCAUCCUGUUUCCAUUGAUCAUCCUUGAGAUGUUUCUACAACUUGAUUGGAGUCCACCUGUGGUAAAUCCAAUUGAUUGGACAUGAUUUGGAAAGGCACACACCUGUCUAUAUAAGGUCCCACAGUUGACAGUGCAGGUCAGAGCAAAAACCAAGCCAUGAGGUCGAAGGAAUUGUCCGUAGAGCUCCGAGACAGGAUUGUAUCGAGGCACAGAUCUGGGGAAGGGUACCAAAACAUUUCUGCAGCAUUGAAGGUCCCGAAGAACACAGUGGCCUCCAUCAUUCUUAAAUGGAAGAAAUUUGGAACCACCAAGACUCUUCCUAGAGAUGGCCGCCCGGCCAAACUGAGCAAACGGGGGAGAAGGGCCUUGUUCAGGGAGGUGACCAAGAACCCGAUGGUCACUCUGACAGAGCUCUAGAGUUACUCUGUGGAGAUGGGAGAACCUUCCAGAAGGACAACCAUCUCUGCAGCACUCCACCAAUCAUGCCUUUAUGGUAGAGUGGCCAGAUGGAAGACACUCCUCAGUAAAAGGCACAUGACAGCCCGCUUGGUACUACUCUUCAUAUAUUCAAGCACGGUGGUGGCUGCAUCAUGUUAUGGGUAUGCUUGUUAUCGGCAAGGACUAGGGAGUUUUUUGGGAUAAAAAGGAAUGGAAUAGAGCUUAGCACAGAUAAUAUCCUAGAGGGAAACCUGGUUCAGUCUGCGUUCCAACGGACACUGGGAGACAAAUUCACUGGAGUUCCUUACCAAGACGACAUUGAAUGUUCCUGACUUACUUAGUUACAGUUUUGACUUAAAUUGGCUUGAAAAUCUAUGGCAAGACUUGAAAAUGGCUGUCUAGCAAUGAUCAACAACCAACUUGACAGAGCUUGAAGAGUUUUUUAAAGAAUAAUGUGCAAAUAUUGUACAAUCCAGGUGUGCAAAGGUCUUAGAGACUUACCCAGAAAGACUCACAGCUGUAAUCACUGCCAAAGUUAUUCUAACUUGUGUUGACACAGGAGUGUGAAUACUUAUUUAUUUUCAUUUCACUUCACCAAUUUGGACUAAUUUGUGUAUGUCCAUUACAUGAAAUCCAAAUAAAAAUCCAUUUAAAUUACAGGUUGUAAUGCAACAAAAUAGGAAAAACGCCAAGGGGGAUGAAUCCUUUUGCAAGGCACUUUAUAGCUAGCUCAUUGUUGUCCAUUUUAGCCAGGGAGCCUAGGACAACAAAAACUAAAAGCAUAUACUGCAUGACAGAGUCAUAGACUAUUUUGGCAACAUGAAAGAGGAGGAUGGCAUUGGCGUUUCUCUACAAGUAGGGUGAGUCAACAUGUUUUUUCGACUUGUACGCACACUCGCAUGCAUACACACAUACACACAUCAAUCAGAACCAUGGACAGCCACAUCAUAUUUAGCUUACGUUGAUUGGACUAAAUUGUUUUUGGUAUAUUUUAGUUGUCACUAUAUUAGACUAAGCAUAGGUGAUUUGAUGAUGUUGAAUUUGAAAUGGUGCUGGAAUAGUGGAGGCAGCUUCUGUUUUCUUUGCGACUUGCAGUAACUCUCCGUGGUUCUAAAUCCAUAGUUGUUUAGUAGUCCGAAAAUGUCGGCAACAUGAACUUGCUUGACCAUGCUGUUUGUUACAUGCAAAAUGCUUUGUGGACUUCACCAGACAGAUGUUGCUCUCCGGUUUUGUGAUGAAACAAAGGUGUGGUUGAAUUUAUUCUGCCACUGUGUCUUCUUAUUGUCUUGGCCUUUUUCUUCCUUUUCUUUACCCUUACAUACCAAUUUUAUUAUUACUAAAUCCUGUGUGAUCAAUAUGAUAAUUUCUCUGUAUGUAUUUCUUACUUUUCUUUUUCUUUUGAGUGGCACCCCAUGGGUACAUGUUAUAUAAACUGAAUAUUGUGAAUUGAUAUGAAUAUUGUACGUGCAACCCCCCCCCCCCCCCCACCAACAGAAAAUGACAAAACAAAUGAAAACUUGAUCAUGAAAAAAAGAAAGUAGGCUGGCCCUCUUUGAAGUCUCGUAGAUCAAUGCAUUGCGCUCUUUUUGUUUAUAAAGCCCUCUUCCAUAAAGUACCACCUUCUCUGUUAACCUACAGAAAUACAAGCAAUCAGACACGGUCUCAGGGAUGGCUAACUUUGGAGAUCCCAUCAAUCUCGACAGAGUUAGCUAAAUCUGCCUUUAGCUAUUUUCUACCUUGCUUGUGGAAUGGUCUACAGAGUUUGCUGAAAUUGGUUGAAUUGGUGCCUCUGAGGCAGGUCAGACGGCUGUGUGAGGACCUUUUUAAGGAAGAAUGUGUUUGUUUCUUAUGAUUCCUAUGCUUGAUCUUUUUUUUUGUGUGUGUGUUUUUGCUUGCUUAUAUAUUUUGUAUGUUAACUAUGUAUUUUUACUAUGUUUUGUUACUUUGCCCAGGUCAUUGCUGUACAUGACAAUGUAAUCUCAGUCAACUCACCUCGUAAAAUAAGGAAUAAAUAAAACAUAAAAAAUAAAUGACAAUAGUGAUGUCAAUGGCAAAUAUUACCUUUAGCCAAAAUCAUUAAUUUCACACAAGUUAUAAUACUGUUUAUUUUGUUUAUAUCAUUUUUUUACCUUUAUUUUGGUAGGGAAUAAUGUUAGUUUUUUUACUUAUAGGGAAAAACAGAGGCUGGAGGCUGAAUGGCUAGCACUAGAGGUAAGAGUAUCUAUUAAUCACAUAAAAUGAAUUUAUGAUUUGCUUCUAAAUUGGGCUUUAUAGUAUCACCCCUUUCUCAAUGCAUGUUGCAUGAUUAUGUCUUUCACUUUCGGUGCCUGUUGGAUAAAACCGAGGCAAACACUUUGCCACUGCACUUUGUGUUCUGCUAUCUGUCUCUGUGUUAGUUGCCUUUUGGUUAAUAGCUUGCUGACCACUCUCAGUACCAGGCUCUCUCUAAACAUUUCGUUUUUGCUCUCUCUUUUCUUUUCUUUCUCCAUAGGCAGAGGAAGCCAGGAAGAUUGAUGACCUGCAUCAGGCCCAAGAGCUAUACCUUCUGACUCAGACACAAACACAGACACAGACAAAUACACAGACACAACAAGCAACAUUGCCGGCAACCCAGGCAGUGCAGCAGCAGCUGGAUGACAUUUUCGAAGAGAUCUCCACGGAGGAGUUUUCCGUAGAGGCGGUGCGGCCCCAGGACGCAUCCCAGGACGCCUCGCAGGUGGAGGAGAUCCUACGUCUGGAGCGGGAGAUCCAGGAGCUCCAGCGGCAGAAGGAGCAGCAGGAGCUGUCCCUGACCGAGGCCUCCCUCCACCGGCUGCAGACCCUCCGUGACCAGGAGCUGCAGCGCCUGGAGGACGAGGCGUGCAAGGCCGCUCAGCAGUUCUUGGAGUCGCUCAACUUCGACGAGAUUGACGAGUGCGUGCGCAAUAUCGAGUGCUCGCUGGGCAUGGAGGAGGAGGAGAAGAUAGGCGGAGAGAGGGAUGAGGGCGAGGAGGAGGAGGUGGACGAAGGCUUUGGCGCCGACGAUGAGGCAUACAAAGACUCACCCAACCCCAGCGAGCACGGCCACUCGGACGGCCAGCGCACCAGUGGCAUCCGCACCAGCGACGACUCGUCCGAGGAGGACCCGUACGCUAAUGACAGAAUACAGAUCCCACUCCUGCCACCAAAUGUGCUACUCCACCAGCCGCUGCCCCUGCCGCCUCUGCUGCAAGCCUGCCACAGUGCCUCCUCUGGCGGGGACUCGGCCUACUGCCACCCCCAGGUUUCGGAGACCCAGUCCGAGGAUCUGGUCGAGCUCAUUCCUCCGGACGAAGACUCGGACUAUGACCAGGACGACUAUGACGAGGGGGCCAUAGUGUCCAGUGGCAGCAUGGCAUUCUCACAACCCCACAAAGGGCAGUGGUCACCGGACUACCACGGCUCGGUGGGCACCUACAACAGCUCGGGGGCCUAUCGCUUCAGCUCAGAGGGGGCCCAAUCAUCGGUGGGUACUAGCUGUGGGUGACAUCACAACCUAGUUCAGGGAUCGAAGCAAUAAUAUGGUUAAUGGUUUUCAUGAGUAAAAGUGAAACCUAGACAUAUUUGACUUAUGAGUUUGACAUAACAUGUUUACGUUAAACCUCUAUGUCUCUUGUUAUCUCAAUAUUUUUCAAUAUCUCUCUCUUUCUCUCUCUCUCUUUUUCUCUCUCUCUCUCUCUCUCUCUGCUCAGUUUGUGGACAGCGAGGACGACUUCAACAGGUUCGACACGGACGACGAGCUGUCCUACCGACGAGACUCGGUCUACAGCUGUGUCACACUGCCAUACUUCCACAGCUUCCUCCACAUCAAAGGUAACACAUUUUUGUUCUAGCCCAGCACUAACACCCCAAAUUGAUAAACUAGUCACCAAACCCAUGGUUAGUUGAAUCAGGCGUUUGCUUUUCACUGUGUCACACUUUGCCAUUAUUACAAUUAUUUACCACUAGGUUGCACUGCAUGCAUUUGGGAAGAGCACGGCAGUGUUCCUCCAUAUUAGGAAAAUGAGUGCAUGGGGGUCUUUCCAACUCACUGCUCACCAUUAUCCCUCUAUCUCCAUCACACCCUCUCUCUUUAGGGGGUCAGAGGAGCAGAUGCUUGUGCUUGUUGUGACCUUGUCCCUUCAUUCUCACUUUCUUUCUCGCUCUAUGUCCCUCUUUCUCUCAUUCCCUGUCACUUGCCCCUUACACACUCUUUAAUAUUGUAUGAACACAUUAAAUGUUUUGUCCUUACCUUGAAACUCAAUCAUUUGUUCCUGGUUUAUAUUCCAACUAGUUAUUUUGUUCAAGAAUCAAUGGGUAAAUAGCAUUCAUUGAAAUGACCAUUGAACUUUAAUGGAUGUUAAUCUCUUUGACUAUGUUACAGCUGCUCGGUCUUACCUCUACACUUUUAUUUAAUCAUUUCCAAUGCCUAACAUCUCCCCCUCUCUCUCCCUUCUCUACUCCAGGUGGCCUGAUGAACACGUGGAAGCGGCGUUGGUGCGUGCUGAAGGACGAGACCUUCCUGUGGUUCCGCGCUAAGCAGGAGGCCCUGAAGCAGGGCUGGCUCCACAAGAAGGGUGGCGGCUCCUCGACACUGUCACGCCGCAACUGGAAGCGCCGCUGGUUCGUCCUGCGCCAGAGCAAGCUCAUGUACUUCGAGAAAGAUGGCGAGGACAAGAUGAAGGGCAUGCUGGACAUGCAUGCAGCCAAGUAAGGCGUGAACUAUAUAAGGGCCAUGUUAAAAUGCAUCCUUCCUGCUGCCCUUACUUGAGGUAAUCAGUGAUCUUACCUGACAUGAUUAGUGACACAGUGGAAGCCUUGCUCCUAUCAAAUCAUGUUAGAUCAGUGAUUUCCUCAAAGAUCGGAGGGAGGAGGAUACAUUUUAGAGUAUUUAAACAGAAGAAAAUAUUAUAGAAAACUGUCUUUCUUAAUGCCUAUCUGGCUAGUUUGGGUUUUCGUUUCUAGGUUUUAUAUCUGAAGAGAGGGAACUGAUCUAGAUUGAUGUACUUCUAUCUUGCAGAGAGAUUGUGGACAACACUGGCAAGGAGAACGGAAUCGACAUCAUCAUGCCAGAGCGCACCUACCAUCUUAUUGCUGAGACCGCUGAGGAUGCCAGGCAAGUUUAGUGUGUAUGUGUGUGUACAUGUGCAUGGUCAUUAAAUCUAUCUACUAGGAUCAGUUAUUAACCGAGUAGAGACCAAGCCAUUCAACUGCCCCCAUCAAAUCAAAUCAAAUCAAGCUGUAUUUAUACAGCAAAUUUCAGACAUGGAAUGCAACGCAAUGUGCUUCACAGGAAAAAACUAAUACAAAACUAUUAAAACAAAAGCUACAAUAUUUACUACACAACAAGCAUAAGAUAAAAAACAAAAGAGUGACAAAAACUGAACGACUAAAAACCACCCUAAGGAAGAGCAAAGCUAAAAAUAUGUGUUUUAAUGAUCUCUUUUAAAUAUGUCCACAGUUUCGGCCCCCCUCAGGUUCUCUAGCAGGCUAUUCCAGAGGCUGGGGGCACAGUAACUAAACACUCCCUUUCCAUGCCUCUUGGUCCUAGGGUUUGGGAUAGUUAAAAGACCAGUGCCUGAGGGAACUAUUGGGUACAUAACUUGAAAGCAUGUCUGACAUGUAUUGGGGUGCACAAUCGUGGAGUGAUUUAAAAACGAAUAGAAUAAUCUUAAAACUAAUUAUAAAACUCACAGGCAGCCAGUGCAGAGAACUUAAAACUGGUGUAAUGUGUGCUCUCCAUCUGAUCUUGGUAAGUACCCAUGCUGCAGCAUGCCCUAUAUUUUGCAGUUGACCAAUGGCUUUCUUGGGUAGACCAGACAGGAGAGCAUUACAGCAGUCAAGCCUGCUUGUAAUAAAAGCAUGGAUGAGUCUCUCUGUAUCACCCUGGGAGAGAAAUGGCCGCACCUUGGCAAUGUUCCUCAGGUGGUAAAAAGCUAUUUUGGUCACAUUCCUAAUGUGUGAAUGGAAAUUUAGUUAAGAAUCUGAAAUAACACCUAGGUUUUUUACCUGGUGUUUUAUCUUUAUUGCCCGUGAAUUAAAAUGUGCAGCCAGAUUCUCUCUCUGUGCUUUGGCUCCAACAAUAGGUACUUCAGUCUUGUCUUGAUUUAGCUGGAGGAAGUUGUGAGCCAUCCAAGUAUUUAAAUCACUAAUACAGUCCAAUAAUUUAUCCGUAGAGCUAAAAUCCUCUGGUGAAAUGUAAAGUUGUGUAUCGUCUGGGUAGCAGUGAAAAUCAAUGUUGUGCUUUUUGAUAACGCUGCCCAGGGGUAACAUAUAUAAACGGAACAGUAUCAGACCCAAAAUCGAACAUUGUUGACAAAAAAGGGUGACAAAAAAGGGUGACAAAAAACUCUCAACAGGUUAAAUAGGUCCUAAUCCAAUUUAGAACUGGACCUGAGAGGCCAAACCACCUCUCAAGUCUGUCCAGAAGGACAUCAUGGUCAACAGUGUUGAAUGUAGCACUUAAAUCCAAGAGUAAAAGGACAUAGAGCUGUUUGGCAUCUGUGUUGGCUCUAAGAUAAUUCACCACUUUAACUAAGGCUAUAUAUGUGCUGUGGUGGGCAUGAAAACCAGAUUGGAAUGUAAAAAAAAUACAGUUGCCACUUAAAAAACAAUUUAGCUGUUUGAAAUCCAUUUUCUCCAGAAUUUUGCUUAAGAAUGGAUGUUGGAAAUUGGCCGAAACUUGCUAAGAGUUGAAGAAUCUCGAUUACUUUUCUUAAGAAGGGGUUUCACCAAAGCAGUUUUUAGUGCAGUGGGGAAAGUGCCUGUGAACAGGGAGUGAUUAACAAUAGCUUGCACUUCUUCAGAUAUGCAAUUAAAAACUGUUUUGAAGAAGGUGGUAGGGAUAGGAUCGAGAAUUUGUAUUUUAUUAGGAUCCCCAUUAGCUGUUGCAAAAGCAGCAGCUACUCUUCCUGGGGUCCACACAAAACAUGAAACAUGACAUAAUACAGAACAUUAAUAGACAGCUCAAGGACAGAACUACAUAAAUUGUUUUAUUUUUUACAAAAGGCACACAUACAUAUACAUACACACAAACUAUCUAGGUCAAAUAGGUGAGAUGCGUUGUGCCGUGAGGUGUUGCUUUAUCUGUUUUUUGAAACCAGGUUGGCUGUUCACUUGAGCAAUACAUAUAAUACCGUACGCUUUCUUGAAUGUGUUUUGGAUUUGGGGACUGUGGAAAGACCCCUGGUGGCAUGUCUGGUGGGGUAAGUGUGUGUGUCAGAGCUGUGUGUAAGUUGACUAUGCAAUCAAUUUGGGAUUUUCAACACAUUAAUGUUUCUUAUAAAAAGAAGAAGUGAUGCAGUCAGUCUCUCCUCAACUUUUAACCAAGAGAGACUGGCAUGCAUAGUAUUUAUAUAUAUUUAUACCCCUGAUUACAAUGAAGAGCAAGACGUGCCGCUCUGUUCUGGGCCAGCUGCAGCUUAACUAGGUCUUUCCUUGCAGCACUCGACCACACGACUGGACAAUAAUCAAGAUAAGGCAGGUAGAAGGCUUAAAUUGUGAUAUCACUUUCCUGAGCAUGUCUGUGUCAACCAGGGAAAAUAAAUCCUUAGGGCCUUUGCGUGGAAGGCACAAAUCACCAAACUUCUCAUCAGGUCUUGCUUGACUGAUACCCAGCCUAAUGUUGGUUAUAUUAUCUCUGAAAUAUGCCACAAACUCAUCACAUUUAGAUGUGGAGGAAAGUUAGGAUUUAUCAGGCCAUCAGUGAUAGAGAAGAGUACUCUCGAAUUAUUCUGAUUAAUAGUGAUCAAGUUAGAAAAAUUAGCCCAUCUGGCAUUUCUAAAUGCCUUGUUAUACAGUACCAGUCAAAAGUUUGGACACACCUACUCAUUCAAGGGUUUUUCUUAAUUGUAGAAUAGUAGUGAAGACAUCAAAACUAUUAAAUAACACAUAUGGAAUCAUGUGGUAACCAAAAAGUGUUAAACAAAUCAAAAUAUAUUUUAUAUUUGAGUUUCUUCAAAGUAGCCACCCUUUGCCUUGAUGACAGCUUUGCACACUCUUGGCAUUCUCUCAACCAGCUUCCUGUAGCUCAGUUGGUAGAGCAUGGCGCUUGCAACGCCAGGGUUGUGGGUUCGAUUCCCACGGGGGGCCAGUAUGAAACAUUUAUGCACUCAUUAACUGUAAGUCGCGCUGGAUAAGUCUGCUAAAUGACUAAAAUGUAAAAUGUAAUGAGGUAGUCACCUGGAAUGCAUUUCAAUUAACAGCUGUGCCUUGUUAAUGUGUGGAAUUUCUUUCCUUCUUAAUGCGUUUGAGCCAAUCAGUUGUGUUGUGACAAGGUAUACAGAAGAUAGCCCUAUUUGGUAAAAGACCAAGUCCUUAUUAUGGCAAGAACAGCUCAAAUAAGCUAAGAGAAACGACAGUCCAUCAUUACUAUAAGACAUGAAGGUCAGUUAAUCUGGAAAAUUUCAAGAAUUUUGAACGUUUCUUCAAGUGCUGUCGCAAAAACCAUCAAGCGCUAUAAUGGAACUGGCUCUCAUGAGGACCGCCACAGGAAAGGAAGACCCAGAGUUACCUCUGCUGCAGAGGAUAAGUUCAUUAGAGUUACCAGCCUCGGAAAUUGCAGCCCAAAUAAAUGCUUCACAGAGUUCAAGAGGAGACUGCGUGAAUCAGGCCUUCAUGGUUGAAUUGCUGCAAAGAAAUGACUACUAAAGGACACCAAUAAGAAGAAGAGACUUGCUUGGGCCAAGAAACACAAGCAAUGGACAUUAGACCGGUGGAAAUCUGUCCUUUGGUCUGGAGUCCAAAUUGGAGAUUUUUGGUUCCAACCGCCGUGUCUUUGUGAGACGCAGUGUAGGUGAACGGAUGAUCUCCGCAUGUGUAGUUCCCACCGUGAAGCAUGGAGGAGGAGUUGUGAUGGUGUGGGGAUGCUUUGCUGGUGACACUGUCUGUGAUUUAUUUAGAAUUCAAGGCACACUUAACCAGCAUGGCUACCACAGCAUUCUGCAGCGAUACGCCAUCCCAUCUGGUUUGGGCUUAGUGGGACUAUCAUUUGUUUUUCAACAGGACAAUGACCCAACACACCUCCAGGCUGUGUAAGGGCUAUUUUACCAAGAAGGAGAGUGAUGGAGUGCUGCAUCAGAUGACCUGACCUCCACAAUCACCCGACCUCUAACCAAUUGAGAUCGUUUGGGAUGAGUUGGACCUCAGAGGGAAGGAAAAGCAGCCAACAAGUGCUCAGCAUAUGUGGGAACUCCUUCAAGACUGUUGGAAAAGCAUUCCAGGUGAAGCUGGUUGAGAGAAUGCCAAGAGUGUGCAAAGCUGUCAUCAAGGCAAAGGGUGGUUACUUUGAAGAAUGUCAAAUAUAAAAUAUAUUUUGAUUAGUUUAACACCUUUUUGGUUACUACAUGAUUCCAUAUGUGUUAUUUCAUAGUGUUGAUGUCUUCACUAUUAUUUUACAAGGUAGAAAAUAGCAAAAAUAAAGAAAAACCCUUGAAUGAAUAGGUGUGUUGACUGGUACUGUAUGUGCCAAGUUGCUCUCUCAGAAUAUCAUUAUGGACCUGCAAUUUUGACUUUCUCCACUUCCGCUCUGCCUUUCUGCAAUUUCUCUUUAAUUGAUUAGUUUCCUCACUCAUCCAUUUGGAUGUGACCUUUUUCAACUUUACUGGAGCUAUGGCAUCAAUGCUUGCCCUUAAUUUGCUAUUAAAGUUAUCAACUAAAUCAUCACGAGGAAGGCAGAAUAGUUUAUGGAGUAUUGUUCAUACACUCAAUCAAAUCUGCAGAAACUUCAAAGGUAAGAUAGCGUUUCUUAAUAAUGCAUUCAGUAUUACCCUGUGCUAUGGGCAACAAGGUAGUAGAAAAUACACAGUGGUGAUCAGAUAAAGCAACAUCAACAAUAGAGGAUAUGUCAAUAGAAAACCUUGUGGUAAUAACCAGGUCCAGAUAAAGUCCAUAGAGCUCAAAAGCUUCAUAAAUUCAAUGGCCUUGGAGUCAGUCUCUUUGUCAACAUCAAUAUAAAAUUCGCCCAACACAAUGAUUUUAUCAUAGUUCUCAAGUACAAUAGACAAUAGUUCAGAUAAAUCAGUAAAGAAAGUGGUUCAGUGCUUUGGUUGCCUAUACAGGGUUAUGGCCAGCACUGGUGGCUGACAUUUAAACAGUAUAGCAUGAUGCUCAAAAGAUCCAAGUCGCCAAAUGAAAUAUCCUUACAGCUGAGCGCAUUAGUAAAAAUAGAGUCUGUCCCCCAACACUUUUUUUCCCUUUUCUGAUACAGUUUGAAAAGCUGUAGUCUGAGGGGGAGGCUUCAAUAAGAGCGGCACUACAGUCUGAUGACAGCCAUGUUUCAGUGAGAAACAUCCAAUCAACUUUGCGCUCAGUAAUGAGGUCAUUCACGAGAAAGGUUUUAUUAGGUAUUGCUGUAACAUUUAGUGAGAACGGAGCAGAAGACACAUUUCUGUUGUUCUCUGUAACUAAUGGACAAUAAAUAGGUAUUGUAUUGUUGUUGUAUUGUUCCUGUGUGUGGUUUCUGUGGUUCCUAUUGGCUGACACUCUUCUCUGUGUUUUCAGUCAGUGGUUCAGCGUGCUCAGCCAGGUGCACACCUCCACAGAGCAAGAGAUCAGGGAGAUGCACGACGAACAAGCCAACCCCCAGAAUGCAGUGGUGAGUUCUACAGGAAGAAGAGGAGGAUGAUGGGAAUAGAGUUCAAUACGGGAGCUUUGGUUAAACAGUAUGUAAAGGGAAAGCUGGGUAUACAGAAUGCUGGAAGACAGUGUGAGCAGAUGGGGGGAUGGGGUCAGUUUCAGAACAGGUAUUUAGUAUUUAUUAGCUGUUGCUGAGGCAGCGGCUACUCUUCCUGGGGUCCAAACAGGAAACAACACAACAAAUAAUGUGUGUGUGUUUGUGUGUGUGCGUGCAUGUGUGAGCGCGUGUGUGUUUAAACAGUCCCCACAAGAAUAGUAAACACAUUUUUUUUGAUCAACUGGGGACAUUUUGUUGGUCCCCACAAGGUCAAAUGCUAUUUCUAGGGGGUUUAGGGUUAAGGUUAGAAUUAGUGUUAGGGUUAGAAUUAGGUUUAGGGUUAGGAGCUAGGGUUAGUUUUAGGGUUACGAGCUAGGGUUAGGGUUAAGGUUAGGUUUUCGGGUUAAGGUUAGGGUUAAGGUUAGGGUUAGGGUAAGGGAAAAUAGGAUUUUGAAUGGGACUGAAUUGUGUGUCCCCACAAGGUUAGUUGUACAAGACUGUGUGUGCGUGUGCGUGUGCGUGUGCGUGUGCGUGUGUGUGUGUGCAUUUGUGAGUGUGUGUGUGUGGAUGUGGGGAAAUAAUGAAAACAUAGGGAGUUGGAAGAUGGUCAAACUCACAUCAGAAGCCCAAUCACACUGAACCUUAUCUUUUGUGUAAAGUGAGUUUGUGCUCUGACUGGUAGUUGAAGGACAUCUAUUCUCUCUCAUACAAGGGCUCUCUCUCUCUCCUCAGGGAACCCUCGAUGUUGGCUUGAUCGAUUCAGUCUGUGCGUCAGACAACCCUGAACGGUAAGCUUCAGACAAAUCUCCACAUUCACCACAAUCUCAGAUUUAUGUUGCACCUACAGUGGGGUCAAAAAUGAUUGACACCCUUGAUAAAGAUGAGGAAAAAUGACUGUAUAAAAUAAAUAGUUCAAAGACUGAGCUAUAUUGUAUGAAAAAAAAGGCAAAAUAUAAUAUUUUAUACUAAAACAAUUGCUCAGAGAAAGAGAUUUUGUUUAACAAUUAAUACUUUUUUUCUCAAAAAGAUAGGGGUCAAAAUUAUUGACACCCCAGUUUUCAAUACCUUUCAAUACCUCACCUUGCGAGGAUUACGGCACUGAGCCUUUUUCUAUACUGACCAAAAAUAUAAACGCAACAUGUAAAAAGCUUAUUUCUCUCAAAUGUUGUGCACACAUUUGUUUACAUCCCUGUUAGUGAGCAUUUCUCCUUUGCCAAGAUAAUCCAUCCACCUGACAGGUGUGGCAUAUCAAGAAGCUGAUUAAACAGCAUGAUCAUUACACAGGUGCACCUUGUGCUGGGGACAAUGAAAGGCCACUCUAAAAUGUGCAGUUUUGCCACGAAUCACAAUGCCACAGAUGUCUCAAGUUUUGAGCGUGCAAUUGGCAUGCUGACAGCGGGAAUGUCCACCAGAGCUGUUGCCAGAUAAUUUAAUGUAUAUUUUUCUACCAUAAUUUUUCUACAACAUCGCUUUAGAGAAUUUGGCAAUACGUCCAACCGGCCUCAUAACCGCAGACCAAGUUUAACCACGCCAGCCCAGGACCUCCACAUCCAGCUUCUUCACCUGCGGGAUCGUCUGAGACCAGCCACCCGGACAGCUGAUGAAACUGUGUGUUUGCACAACCGAAGAAUGUCUGCACAAACUGUCAGAAACUGUCUCAGGGAAACUCAUUUGCGUGCUCAUCGUCCUCACCAGGGUCUUGACCUGAAUGCAGUUCGGCAUUGUACCUGACUUCAGUGGGCAAAUGCUCACCUUCGAUGGCCACUGGCACGCUGGAGAACUGUGCUCUUCACGGAUGAAUCCCGGUUUCAACUGUAUCGGGCAGAUGGCCGACAGCGUAUAUGGCGUCGUGUGGGCGAGUGGUUUGCUGAUGUCAAUAUUGUGAACAGAGGGUUCCAUGGUGACGGUGGGGUUAUGGUAUGGGCUACGGACAACAAACCCAAUUGCAUUUUAUCUAUGGCAAUUUUAAUGCACCGUGACAAGAUCCUGAGGCCCAUUGUCGUGCCAUUCAUCCGCCGCCAUCACCUCAUGUUUCAGGAUGAUAAUGCAUGGCCACAUGUCACAAGGAUCUGUAGACAAUUCCUGGAAGCUGAAAAUGUCCCAGUUCUUCCAUGGCCUGCAUACUUACUAGACAUGUUACCCCUUGAGCAUGUUUGGGAUGUUCUGGAUCAACUUGUAGGACAGCGUGUUCCAGUUCCCGCCAUUGCACAGGUCACAAUCAACAGCCUGAUCAACUCUAUGCGAAGGAAAUGCAUGAGGCAAAUGGUGGUCACACCAGAUACUGACUGGUUUUCUUAUCCCACGCCCCUACCUAUUUUUUAAGGUUUCUGUGACCAACAGAUGCAAAUCUGUAUUCCCAGUCAUGUGAAAUCCAUAGAUUAGGGCCUCAUUUAUUUAUUUAAAUUGGUCCUCUGUAGCUCAGCUGGUAGAGCACGGCGCUUGUAACGCCAAGGUAGUGGGUUCGAUCCCCGGGACCACCCAUUCACAAAAAAAAUGUAUGCACGCAUGACUGUAAGUCGCUUUGGAUAAAAGCGUCUGCUAAAUGGCAUAUUUAUUUUUAUUUUUUUAUUUAUAAAUUGACUGAUUUCUUUAUGUGAACUGUAACUCAGUAAAAUCUUAGAAAUUGUUGCAUGUUGCGUUUAUAUUUUUUUCAAUGUAAAAUGUUUUAUGAGUUGGAGAACACAUUGGUAGGGAUCUUAGACCAUUCCUCCAUACAGAAUCCUUCCAGAUUCUUGAUAUCCUUCGACUGCCCUCUUCAAUUCAAACCACAGGUUUUCAAUGGGUUUCAAGUUUGGAGACUGAGACGGCCAUUGCAAAAUGUUGCUUUUGUGACCAAUUAACCAGUUCUUUGUGGAUUUUGAUUUGUGCUUAGGGUUAUUGUCUUGCUGGAAGAUCCAACUUUCAGCCUCCUGGCAGAGGCAACCAGCUUUUUGGCUAAAAUGUCCUGGCACUGGGUAAAGUUCAUGAUGCUGUUGACAAGGGCCCCAGGACCAUGGAAGCAAAAUAGCCCCAUAACAUCAAAGAUCCACCACCAUAUUUUACAGUAAGUAUGAGGUACUUUUCUGCUUCUGCAUUCUCAUUUUGAUGGCAAACCCACCACUGGUGUGCAUGGCCAAAUAGCUUUCUUUUCAUGUCAUCUGACCAUAGCACUGGUUCCGAUCCAAGUGCUAAUGCUGUUUAGCAUACUCCAGGCGUUUACAUUUGUUGGAUGACAUGAAAAAUAGAGCUCUUUGGCCACGCACAACAGUGGUGGGUUUUGCGUCUACAUAAGGAUGCAUACGCAGAAAAGAAACCCAUACUGACUGUAAAAUAUGGUGGUGGAUAUUUUAUAUUAUGGGGCUAUUUUGCUUCCACUGGUCCUGGGGCCCUUGUUAAGGUCAACGGCAUCAUUAACUUUACCCAGUACCAGGACAUUUUAGCCAAAAACCUGGUUGCUUCUGCCAGGAGGCUGAAACUUGGCCACAAGUGGAUCUUCUAGCAAGAUAAUAACCCCAAGCACACAUCCAAAUCCACAAAGAACUGGUUAAUUGACCACAAAAUGAACAUUUUGCAAUGGCCAUCUCAACCUGUGGUUUGAAUUGAAGAGGGCAGUCCAUAAGCGCAGACAAAGGAUAUCAAGGAUCUGGAAGGAUUCUGUAUGGUCUAUGAUCCCUCCCAAUGUGUUUUCCAAUCUCAUAAAACAUUUUAGAAAAAGGCUCAGUGCCGUUAACCUCGCAAAGUGAGUUAUUGAACGGUAUUGAAAACAGGGGUGUCAAUAAUUUUGAUCUCUAUCUUUUUGAGAAAUAAGUAUUACUUGUUAAACAAAAUAUUUUUCUCUGAGCAAUUGUAUUAGUAUAAAAUAAUAUAAUUUCGCAAAUGUUUUAAGCAUACAGUAUAGCUCAGGAUUUUAGUUAUUUAUUUUAUACAGUUAUUUUUGCUAAUCUUUAUCUAGUGUGUCAAUAAUUUGGGACCCCACUGUAUAUCGCUAAAUUCCUAAAAGUCAUUGUCAACUAUUAUCCUUUAAAUGUGGGGAAAAUAAAGUAAUUAUAUUUUAUUAUAUUCUGUUCUAUUCUAUUAUUUUCCAUUCUCUACUAUUCUGGUUAUAACAUCUACAGAAAAGACAAAUGCCAAUUGUGGAGGUGUUGCUGUUUAUAGAACCACAUAGAACCACAUUCCUGUAAAGCUUAGAAAGGAUCUCAUGUUAAAUACUGUUGAAGUAAUAUGGCUACAGGUUCAUCUGCCUCACCUAAAGCCCAUUCUUGUGGGAAGCUGCUAAAGACCACCAAAUGCUAACAGUCAGUAUCUGGAUAACAUGUGUGAAAUGUUGAUAAUGUAUGUGAUAUCAACAGAGAGGUAUAUUUUCUGGGUGAUUUAAAUAUUGAUUGGCUUUCAUCAAGCUGCACAGUCAAGAAAAAGCUUCAAACUGUAACCAGUGCCUGCAACCUGGUCCAGGUUAUCAGUCAACCUACCAGGGUAGUUACAAACAGCACAGGAACAAAAUCAUCAACAUGUAUUGAUCACAUCUUUACUAAUGUUGCAGACAUUUGCUUUAAAGCAGUAUCCAAAUCCAUCGGAUGUAGUGAUCACAAGAUAGUAGCCAUAUCUAGGAAAACCAAAGUUCCAAAAGCUGGGCCUAAUAUACACUAUAUAAGAUGUCGUACAAUACGUUUUGUAGUGAUUCCUAUGUUGUUGAUGUAAAUAAUAUUUGUUGGUCUGUGGUGUGUAAUGAGUAGCAACCAGAUGCUGCACUUUACACAUUUAUGAAAUUGUUUAUUCCAGUUACUAAUGCACACACUAAGAAAAUGACUGGAAAAACUGUUAAAUCCCCAUGGAUUGAUGAGGAAUUGAAAAAUCGUAUGGUUGAGAGGGAUGUGGCAAAGGGAAUGGCAAAUAAGUCUGGCUGCACAACCGAUUGGCAAACGUACUGCAAAUUGAGAAAUCAUGUCACUAAACUGAAUAAAAAGAUAAGGAAACCAUACUAUGAAUCAAAGAUAAAUGAUACAGUGGCUUGCGAAAGUAUUCACCCCCCUUGGCAUUUUUCCUAUUUUGUUGCCUUACAACCUGGAAUUAAAAUUGAUUUUUUUGGGGUUUGUAUCAUUUGAUUUACACAACAUGCCUACCACGUUGAAGAUGCAAAAUAUUUUUUAUUGUGAAACAAACAAGAAAUAAGACAAAAAAACAGAAAACUUGAGCGUGCAUAACUAUUCACCCCCACCCCAAAGUCAAUACUUUGUAGAGCCACCUUUUGCAGCAAUUACAACUGCAAGUCUCUUGGGGUAUGUUUCUAUAAGCUUGGCACAUCUAGCCACUGGGAUUUUUGCCCAAUCUUCAAAGCAAAACUGCUCCAGCUCCUUAAAGUUGGAUGGGUUCCGCUGGUGUACAGCAAUCUUUAAGUCAUACCACAGAUUCUCAAUUGGAUUGAGGUCUGGGCUUUGACUAGGCCAUUCCAAGACAUUUAAAUGUUUCCCCUUAAACCACUCAAGUGUUGCUUUAGGAUCAUUGUCCUGCUGGAAGGUAAACCUCCGUCCCAGUCUCAAAUCUCUGGAAGACUGAAACAGGUUUCCCUCAAGAAUGUUCCUGUAUUUAGCGCCAUCCAUCAUUCCUUCAAUUCUGACCAGUUUCCCAGUCCCUGCUGAUGAAAAACAUCCCCACAGCAUGAUGCUGCCAUCACCAUGCUUCACUGUGGGAAUGGUGUUCUCGGGGUGAUAAGAUGUGUUGGGUUUGCGCCAGACAUAGCGUUUUCCUUGAUGGCCAAAAAGCUCAAUUUUAGUCUCAUCUGACCAGAGUACCUUCUUCCAUAUGUUUGGGGAGUCUCCCACAUGCCUUUUGGUGAACACCAAACGUGUUUGCUUCUUUUUUUCUUAAAGCAAUGGCUUUUUUCUGGCCACUCUUCCGUAAAGCCCAGCUCUGUGGAGUGUACAGCUUAAAAUGGUCCUAUGGACAGAUACUCCAAUCUCCGCUGUGGAGCUUUGCAGCUCCUUCAGGGUUAUCUUUGGUCUCUUUGUUGCCUCUCUGAAUGACAGUAAAAAGCUUUGGAGCACAUUAAAUGAAAUUUUGGGCAAAAGGGCAAACUUUGCUUUGCUUUAUCUUGGCCAGGUCGCAGUUGUAAAUGAGAACUUGUUCUCAACUGGCUUACCUGGUUAAAUAAAGGUGAAAUAAAUAAAUAAAUAAAAACAAAACCCACAGAUAUUGCCAAUUACUUUCAUGAUUUUUUCAUUGGCAAGAUUAGCAAACUUUGGCAUGACAUGCCAGCAAUAAACGCUGACAUCCAAUUAUAACUGACCAAAUUAUGAAAGACAAGCAUUGUAAUUUUUAAUUCCGUAAAGUGAGUGUGGAAGCGGUGAAAAAAGUAUUGUUGUCUAUCAACUAUGACAAGCCACUGGGGUCUGACAACUUGGAUGGAAAAUUACUGAGGAUAAUUGCGGACGAUAUUGCCACUUCUAUUUGCCAUAUCUUCAAUCUAAGCCUACUAGAAAGUGUGUGCCCUCAUGCCUUGAGGGAAGCAAAAGUCAUUCCGCUACCCAAGAAUAGUAAAGCUUCCUUUACUGGCUCAAAUACCUGACCAAUCAGCCUGUUACCAACCCUUAGUAUAGUAAACUAUUGAAGUCUUACUUUUGUUAGACUUCAAUGUGGCUUUUGACAUUAUCGAUCAUAGUCUGCUGAUGGAAAAACAUAUGUGUUAUGGUUUUACACCCCCUGCUAUAUUGUGGAUAAAUAGUUACCUGUCUAACAGAACACAGAGGGGUGUUAAGGUCUAUAUAUGCGGAUGACUCAACACUAUACACGUUAACUACUACAGUGAGUGAAAUCACUGCAACACUUAACAAAGAGCUGCAGUUAGUUUCAGAAUGGGUGGCAAGGAAUAAGUUAGUCCUAAAUAUUUUAAAAACGAAAAGCAUUGUAUUUGGGGCAAAUCAUUCACUUAUCCCUAAACCUCAACUAAGUCUUGUAAUAAAUAAUGUGGAAAUUAAGAACGUUGAGGUGACUAAACUGCUUGUAGUAAGCCUGGAUUGUAAACUGUCAUGGUCAAAACAUGUUGAUACAACAGUAGCUAAGAUGGGGAGAAGUCUGUCCAUAAUAAAGCGCUGCUCUGCCUUUUUAACAACAAUAUCAACAAGGCAGGUCCUACAGGCCCUAGUUUUGUCGCACCUGGACUACUGUUGGCUCAGAACAGGGCAGCACGGCUGGCCCUUAAAUGUACACAGAGAGCUAACAUUAAUAAUAUGCAUGUCAAUCUCUCAUGGCUCAAUGUGGAGAAGAGAUUGACUUCAUCACUACUUGUUUUUGUAAGAAGUGUUGAUGUGCUGAAUGCACCGAGGUGUCUGUUUAAACUACUAGCACACAGCUCGGACACCCAUACAUACCCCACAAGACAUGCCACCAGAGGUCUCUUCACAGUCCCCAAGUCAAGAACAGACUAUUGGAGGUGAACAGUACUACAUAGAGCAAUGGCUACAUGGAACUCUAUUCCACAUCAGGUAACUGAUGCAAGCAGUAGAAUCAGAUUUAAAAAGCAGAUAAAAAUAAACCUUAUGGAACAGCGGGGACUGCAAAGAGACACACACAGGCACUGACACACAUAGACAUGAUAAGACACACACUCUACACACACAUACACAUGGAUUUUGUAUUGUAGAUAUGUGGUAGUAGAGUAGUGGCCCGAGGGAACACAAUUAAUGUGUUGUGAAAAGUGUUAUUAAAUGUAAUGUCAUGUAAUUUUUUAAAUUGCAUAUAACUGCCUUAAUGUUGCUGGACCCCAGGAAGAGUAGCUGCUGCCUUGACAGCAGCUAAUGGGGAUCCUUAAUAAAUACAAAUACAAAGAUACAUUAAAAUAAACAUAGUUGAACUAAAUCUACAACUCCACUCCUCUCCCUUCCCAGGCCCAACUCAUUUGUGAUGAUCACAGCUAACAGGGUGUUACACUGCAAUGCCGACACUCCUGAAGAGAUGCACCACUGGAUAACGUUGCUACAACGUUCCAAAGGAGACGCACGUGUGGAGGGACAGGAGUUCAUCAUCAGAGGUCCGACAUUAUGUUAUUAUAUUAUGUUACAGCAUUUCAGAUCAGAUUGUUAUAUUAUAUUAUGCUACAACUUUAGAGAUACAUUUCGGUUGAUAUUUGAUUUUGAUUGAGUUGUAAAAUGGUCCAAAUAUCUCCCUCGUUAGGCUGGCUCCACAAGGAGAUGAAGAACAGCAGCAGAGCCUCUCUGAAGCUGAAGAAGCGCUGGUUCCUACUCACCCACAACUCCCUGGACUACUAUAAAAGCUCGGAGCGCAACGCCCUCAAGCUGGGCACCCUGGUGCUCAACAGCCUGUGCUCAGUGGUGCAGCCUGACGAGAAGGUCUUCAAGGAGACAGGUUAGAACUGGAUUAGCUACAUAUACCUUUUUCACACUACUGAGCUGAGCCGAGCUGUAUUGCACUUUGCUGGCUUGGUUACCCAUCCACGUGAUUGCCUUUUCACACUACUGAGUUGAGCCAAGCUGUAUUUUACUGUGCUGGCCUGGUUUCACACGCACCUGAUAAAGUUUUCACACUACGAGCUAAGCCGAGCUGUAUUGUACUUUUCUGGCUUGGUUACACGUCCAGGUGAUACCCUUUUCACACUACUGAGCUGAGCCAAGUCAAGCCAAGCUGUACGGUGCUGGCUUAGUUACGCAUUUCAUCAUAGUUGUGCGAACCUUGCUAGAAAGGACUAUGUGAAAAGAGAAUAUCCGAGCCAGGACAGUACGAUUCGGGGAAGAAUGUGUGAAAGAUAGCUUAAUGAAACUGGUAAGGGAUGGUUGGGUGGUAAUACAAUGGGUGCGUCUGUAGGAACACAAGGUGAGAGGAGUGUAACCUUUGACCAAUUUAUUUUAAACAGGUAUGUCUUCUUGGUAUUGAUCUUUUAGGCUUCGAUGUUGGUAAAGGAAGAUGGUAUGGAUGUAAGGAUGAAAGUUGGAUGUAUGGAUGGUUUCUAGGAAAUAAAACAUAUAAAGAAUGCAUAUCUGAUUCAGUACAACAAUAUAAGGAUAAGUAGAUACUCAAGAACAAAGGACUGUAUAAGAGGAUAAGGCUAAUGGCUAACAAACUAGGCAGUGGUUGGUAAAAUGGUGGUUUCCUGUUCUACCUGAUAAUUAAUUGCACACACCUGGUGUCCCAUGUCUAAAUCAGUCCCUGAUUAGAGGGGAACAAUGAAAAAUGCAGUGGAACUGGCUUCGAGAUCCAGAGUUGAGUUUGAGGGCUCUAAACCACAUCAGAUACAUAUGUAAAAGGAAAGAGGACAAACGUAAUCAAUAACGCAUCCAGGUGAAACUGGAAAUAAACUAUAAACUAUCACAAAACUAUAAACUAUAAACUAUCACAAAACACUUCUCUCAGUCCAUGUGGUAGCCACACUGAUUAGGAUACAGGUGUGCUGAGGGAGGAAGUCCCGUCCCUGCAGGGCCUUUUUCUUCUGGGUUUUGUUUGUUUUGUUUGUUUUAUUUUAUUUUGUAUAAAAAAUGCUUGGAGAGUCUGGAAGUGGGUGGGAAUUUUCUAAAAUGAGAGUGAAAGUGUGAAAACACAAUGAUAUGUCGUAAUAGCUAAAUUGGUAGAGCAUGGCGCUUGUAACACCAGGGUAGUGGGUUCGAUCCCCGGGACCACCCAUACGUAAAAAUUUAUGCACACAUGACUGUAAGUCGCUUUGGAUAAAAGCGUCUGCUAAAUGGCUUAUUAUUAUUAUUAUUAUUAUUAUAUGUAGUCAUGGAAAUGCUGCUAUUAUCUCAUACUAACAAGAUCACUGUAGAAAAGGCCUUCAUAUUUAGAUUUCCCUAUGCACCCCUAGUUUGUCCCUUUUAGUUAGAAUAACCGACAGCUCAUCAGUCGAAUCACCCCUAACUUUCUGUCCAAUCAGAGAUGUUCUUUUUAACCUGCUCGUUUCAGGUCCCGCCUCCAGUCAGUGAGUUUUUACAUUUUUACAUUUUUAGUCAUUUAGCAGACGCUCUUAUCCAGAGCGACUUACAGUUAGUGAAUACAUAUUUUUUUAUACUGGCCCCCCGUGGGAAUCGAACCCACAACCCUGGCAUUGCAAACGCCAUGCUCUAUCAACUGAGCUACAUCCCUGCCGGCCAUUCCCUCCCCUACCCUGGACGACGCUGGGCCAAUUGUGCGCCGCCCAUGAGUCUCCCGGUCGCGGCCGGCUGCGACAGAGCCUGGAUUCGAACCAGGAUCUCUAGUGGCACAGUUAGCACUGCGAUGCAGUGCCUUAGACCACUGCGCCACUUGCGGUGAAGACAGAUAAUUGACAGUUUGUGAGUUCGCCACAGAAGUAACAAGAAAACAAGUUGCAGCAUGGUUAACUGUAUUUGUGCGUGCAUCUAAAAGCAGUGUAGUGGUGCCUGGAGAAGUGGGUAUACUCAAAUUUUGCCAAAAAUGUCCCAAACGGCCCACCCGGUGAAGGAAAGUUUCCCUGUGUGAAAGAUUCUAUGAGAAACAAUGACACACUGUGAAUUACCUAAAAUGAUAAAUCCCAUAUUGGUCUUUCACAGUCAGACCAACCCAAGCUGUACUGUACAAGUAGGAUAAUAGUAGGCCUACUAUUGAAACAGAUAAAUUAGGCUGUCAACUGAGUCAGAAAUUCACAGGUUUCAGAUCCUUUCCCUUUUUUUCAGGUUUUUGCUCUUGAAGUCACACUUUUUUAAAUAGUAAAACAACAAAAUUGGAUGUAAGUCCAUAACAAUGCUUAAACCACAUCAGGAGACCACUGAGAAAAAAAGAAAUUCUGAUUUCUUUAAUGUAGUUAGCCUUUAAUUCAAGUGUACAGGCACCUAGCACUGUUGUUUGGUUAAAGGUGUUUCUAUUGGAGUUUGCAAAACAAAUGGUCUCUGGAUUGUUGCAAAUAAUCAUGAUAUCAUUCUGCCAGUUAGGCAUAGGCUAGUUAACAUUUCAUUCUUAAAAGCCAUUGGACGGGGGCUUUUAAUGUUUGUCCUUUAUCUAGGAGACAUAAGAACCGCUCAUAUUAUAUUUUUUGUUUUCUUUUACACAUUUGACCCCUUUUUUGGGUAGGCACAAAACUGCCUUCAUACUUCCCGUGACAGUUGUGGGGGUCGUAGAGAAAAACGGAGAACUCCAUCGUAUUCCCUUUCCACAGUGGGGUCUCAUUAGUUUGUAGCCCAAACAGUUCGGACGCUAAAAACAGAAGUUGCCACAUCGACGGUACCGACUUCAGACGAGUCCCCUGACACUUGUGGGGGUCGUAGAGCAAAACGGAGAGUCUCCCCUUUCCAUAGAGUGGUCAUAAUAGUUUGUGGGUCAAACCGUUCACAGACGUUUUUCGCGAGAAGACCGAUUUUCGGGAUGUCUCAUGGUCUGACAUACACAUAGCUCUGCCACCUUUCACCGCAGAUGCAGAAGUGCGAUGGAUUGAGAUGCAUCCAAUGCAAAAAAAAAAGAUAUCUGUAGCUUAAACUGACGGAUGCGUCAAUCGGGUUAAUUGAGAAGGUUAUUGGGAAAGCCUUUCCAUCUUCCAGAGUAUGGUUAGGUCUAUCAUUAGCAUCGCUAUAUAUGAAACCUGAUGUUUUACUUCAUAUUAUGAGGCAUAUCUUACCUUGCUUCAAAGUCGCCUAUAGCCAAAGUCCCACCAUGGAAACGUGGAGGCAAUUAUUUUAUAAAUACUUCCUCACUUCCUCCAGUUCUAUUGGUUUUCUUUCAUUGUCUAGCUGCGAAAGGCAUUAUCCUAGUCAUAUUAUCAAUCCAUGAUAGUUGUUGUAUCUUUAAUCUUCCCCUAUUUCUAAAUUUCUACCGGAUAUUUCCAUCUCUGACCAUGAAACCGCUCGCAUAAGUGGUGCACAUUUUAAAAAGGUGUUUUCCCGCAAAUUGAAUUUUGGAACAUUGGCACGUAGGCCUACUGCCGUGUGCACUUUGCUGUGCCUAAAAUGUGAAGAAAUAAUAGUUUAUCAAUAAUAUCAGCUAAACAUUCUGAUGUGUGCCAUCAGCCUUACUAAUUGAUACAGCGUAUACUUCCACUACACUACUUUGAUACGCAUUGUGGGGAUUAAGAAGUGAGUAUAUGCAAUGCUCACUGAAAAAUACACUAUAUAUACAAAAGUAUGUGGACACCCUUUCAAAUGAGUGGAUUCGGCUAUUUCAACCACACCCGUUGCUGACAGUGUAUAAAAUCGAGCACACAGCCAUGCAAUCUCCAUAGACAAACAUUGGCAGUAGAAUGGCCUUACUGAAGAGCUCAGUGACUUUCAACGUGGCACUGUCAUAUGAUGCCACCUUUCCAACAGGUCAGUUCAUACAAUUUUUGCCCUGCUAGAGCUGCCCCGGUCAGCUGUAAGUGCUGUUAUUGUUAAGUGGAAACUGCUAGGAGCAACAACGGCUCAGCCGCGAAGCGGUAGACCACAUAAGCUCACAGUACGGGACCGCCGAGUGCUGAAGCGCGUUGCGCAUAAAAAUCUUAGUUUUUUAAACAGGACAAAUCUGAGGGGACACGUGCCCCUGUGCCCCCUAUGGGCCUCUGUCCUCUUGCUAGGUGAACAUGAAUUAAAGUGUAACUACACCUAAAAAUCUCAAUUUCUCUGAUUUUUCCCAGACCUCAAAAGUGGUCUCCUGAUGUGGUUUAAGCAUUGUUGUGGACUUCCAAAUGAGUCUAUGUAACAUCAGAAGGAUAUAAUACUUAAGACUGAUAUAACCCUUUAAUUUAUUCAAUUAGUUUUACAUUUAUUUUUCAAGAUAACCUUACUUAAUUGUUCUGUUUUAAUAAAAUACAUAAUUUGAAGAACAAAUAUCAUUGUGGCAAUUCAUAUCUUGACUCUAAUCUCAAUCGAAGACAGGUUUAAUGUUAAAAAAUGAUUAAUGUUGAUCUUACUUAGAAAAUAAUCCUGAUCAUAUAGGCCUGAAUCUAGAUGAUAUCCAAAACAACUAACAAUACACUGAAUUCAUACAUUUUCAGUAAAUGUAAUUGUAAUUUUAAAUCUUUUAAUUUCCCAGGUUACUGGAACGUCACAGUUUACGGCCGGAAGCACUCGUACCGUCUCUACACCAAGCUGCUGAACGAGUCCACCCGCUGGGCCAGCGCCAUGCAGAACGUCAUCGACACCAAGGCCCCCAUCAACACUCCCACCCAGAAGCUCAUCCAGGACAUCAAGGUAAGGGAAGCGGAGCAAUCUCUAAAUCUGUCACAUUGUACAAAAAAGCUCUCAGUUCAUGACAAAACUAAGUCACUCUGCAAACAUCCAAGUGCAAAAUAGGAAUGUCUAUGAGAGCAAUGAUUAUGUGUAUUUAAAUAAUAGUGAUAGAUUUAUUGCGGGAAAUAAUUAGAUUGAAGCGUCCUUUACUCCUUUCCGAUGUGAUUCUCAUGUCAUUUUGUAUCCAUAGGAGAACUGUCUGAACUCCGAGGUGGUGGAGCAAAUCUAUAAGAGGAACCCCAUCCUGCGCUACAGUCACCACCCGCUCCACUCGCCACUGCUGCCUCUGCCCUACGGAGACAUCCACAUCAGCUGUAAGAUCGUACACUAUGCUCCUUUCAUUAUGCACCCCCUCCCUCCCUCACCAACAUCCCCAACUGAUAGCAACCUCUUUCUUUCCCUCUGCAUGCACACACGUCUCUCUCUCUCUUCUCUCACACACAUACACUCUUUUUCUUUCUCUCUCUCUCUCUCUCGCUCUCGCUCUCUCACUUUUCACCAACUGACAAUAACCUCUUCCCUCUCCCCUCCACAGCCUUGAAAAACUAGGGCCACGCACAAACACACACACACACACACUCUCUUUCACUCACACACACACACACACACACACACUCACUCACACACACACACACACACACACACACACACACACACACACACUAUAAGUACAUUAGACAUGUCCUGUUUUGAAAAUAUUGAGUUAAUAUCUAUAAUUGUCGCAUUCCUACCCCCUUUCCCCUCUGCAGCCCUGAGGAACAAGGGCUACACGACGCUCCAGGAUGAGGCACUCAAGAUGUUCAACUCGCUGCAGCACCUGGAGGGUGUUACCGACCCCAUGCCCAUCAUCCAGGGCGUGCUGCAGACGGGCCAGGAGCUGAGGCCCCUGAAGGAUGAGCUCUACUGCCAGCUGGUCAAACAGACCACGCGCCCCCCACAGCCCUGCAGCCCUGGGAACCUGUGCAGCUGGAGGAUCCUGGCAUGCAUGUGCUGCACGUUCAUGCCGUCGCGCGGAAUCCUCAAGUACCUCAAGUUCCACUUCAAGAGGUGAGAGGGCCCGGUGUUGUACCAAAUAUGAAAUGUGGUCAGUCUUGAAUUCUGUUGCACGAUACAUAAGAAGGAUCAGAGUGUAAAUGGUUCUGAUAGCUUUGGAGUUGUGGGCCACACAUGCUGGGUAUUUUUGAUAGCUGAUUGUAAAACGCUUCGCAUAAAACCAUCUGCUAAAUGACCAGUAGCACUUUAUAUGAAGGGGGUAAACCCUUAUUGGAACAAGUCAUAACAUCUUUAUGAGUGUUGCAAAAUUAUUCAUAUCAACCGUCAUAACACAUUUAUCUAACAUCAUUCAUAAGACAUUUUUAAAUAAAAGUCCCUUCGAAGAGUCGAAGUCAUCAGUACAACGGAAAUUCAUGUUUUUACUGUCACAGUAGCCAACCCCCUGACACUCUCUUUACGCAACAGUCUGGGAGCACCGGCUAAGCCUCAGAGUAUUACCCAGGUAGCAUUUUGGGGUUUAUAUGCCUUGCUCAAGGCCACAAUGGCAUUAAGGCUGAGGUGUCAAACUCCUGGAGGGCCAUGGGUCUUGCUGGUUUUUGUUAUCUCCUUAAAAUUAUUUUCCAAUAAAGACCUAAACAAUCAGGUGAGUGGAGUUCCUAACUAAUCAAUGACCUUAAUUGAUCAAUCAAGUACAAGGUAGGAGUGAAAACUUGCAAGACACAGCCCUCCAGAAAUUGAGUUUGACCUCCCUACCUUAGGGGUUGGAAUCAGACCUGGGUGUAAAUAGUGUAUUUCAAAUUCAAUAGUGCUUCUCAAACCUCUCCUCGGGGGGCCCCCAGAUGUUUCACAGUUUUGUUGUAACCUCAAACUAGCACACCUGAUUCAAUUAGGUAAGGGCUUUAUGAUUAGUUGACUAGUUGAAUCAGGUUUGCCAGCUCUGGAAUAGUUAAAAUACGUCUGGGGGUUCCUGAGGAGAGGUUUGAGAAAGGCUGCUCUAACUAUCUGUGCUUGAUUAUUGAGCUUGCCUGGCACAAUGGAACCAUUGGAAUAGUCCCAAAAGUACUAUUUGAUCCCUGGUCUGGAUGGCACCAGAGCAACUGAUGUCAUUGUAACAUGUUGAGACCUGAUGUUAAUGCCUUGGCUUUAGCUCAGCAGAGGCUAAGACAGUCUUGUGGUGUGUAGGACUAACCCAGUCAGUAACACCAACAACCAUCAGGCUCACUCCCAUUAUAUUUUUCUACUAGAAUUACUUGUAAUAUUGCAAUGAAAAAAUGACUUUUAUUUUGAAGGUUCCUUAUGAAUGAUGUUGAAUAAAUGUGUUAUGAAGGUUGUUAUGAAUGAUACCGCUGCAUUCACAAAGGGGUCAUGAAUAGUUUCAUGAAGGUGUUAUGAGGGCAUUAUGUAUACCCCCUUCAUAUAAAGUGUUACCAAAUGACCAUGUCAUAUUCAUAGACAUAAAAUAUGGUGGCAGCUAGCAUGUCAUGUAGAAUUCACAUCUGGUAAAGCACAUCCUGAAAUUGUUAUUUCCAGUUCAUGAAAGUAAUACUCCAUUAGUAUCAGAGAGACUGAAAACUCAACAAAAGCACCAGCAUAACAGGGCUUCCCCUCUGUUUCUCCUCCAGGACUCGAGAGCUCUUCCCGGGCACGGAGAUAGAACGCUACGCCUCGUUCAGCCUGGACUCCCUGAGGAAGACGCGUGGCCGGGAGUACGUGCCCUCCCUGGAGGAGAUCCGGGCGGUGGUGGCGCGCCAGGAUAUGACCACCACAGUGUACUGCCAUGGCGGAGGCUCCUGCAAAAUCACAAUCAACUCUCACACCACCGCCGGAGAGGUGAGAGCCGGGGGGGAAACAAGUUGGGAGUUUAGGGUUGUGGUGAUCCAAAGGCAAUGGUGAUGGGUAACGGACUGCAAUAACCUUAAACAAAAUAUGACAUAUACAGUUCCUUGCAAAGGUAUUCAUCCCCCUUGGCGUUUUUCCUAUUUUGUUGCAUUACAACCUGUCAUUUAAAUGGAUUUUUAUUUGGAUUUCAUGUAAUGGACAUACACAAAAUAGUCCAAAUUGGUGAAGUGAAAUGAAAAAAAUAACAUGUUUCAAAAAAUUCAAAAAAAUAAAUAAUGGAAAAGUGGUGCGUGCAUAUAUAUUCACCUCCUUUGCUAUGAAGCCCCAUAAUACCAAAUUUACCCAAUUACCUUCAGAAGUCACAUAAUUAGUUAAAUAAAGUCCACCUGUGUGCAAUCUAAGUGUCACAUGAUCUGUCACAUGAUCUCAGUAUAUAUACACCUGUUCUGAAAGGCCACAGAGUCUGCAACACCACUAAGCAAGGGGCACCACCAAGCAAGCGGCACCAUGAAGACCAAGGAGCUCUCCAAACAGGUCAGGGACAAAGUUGUGGAGAAGUACAGAUCAGGGUUGGGUUAUAAAAAAAUAUCCAAAACUUUGAACAUCCCACGGAGCACCAUUAAAUCCAUUAUUUAAAGAAAUGAAAGAAUAUGGCACCACAACAAACCUGCCGCCAAGAGAGGGCCGCCCACCAAAACUCACGGACCAGGCAAGGAGGGCAUUAAUCAGAGAGGCAACAAAGAGACCAAAGAUAACCCUGAAGGAGCUGCAAAGCUCCACAGCGGAGAUUGGAGUAUUUGUCCAUAGGACCACUUUAAGCCGUACACUCCACAGAGCUGGGCUUUACGGAAGAGUGGCCAGAAAAAAGCCAUUGCUUAAAGAAAAAAAUAAGCAAAUACGUUUGGUGUUCGCCAAAAGCCAUGUGGGAGACUCCCCAAACAUAUGGAAGAAGGUACUCUGGUCAGAUGAGACUCAAAUUGAGCUUUUUGGCCAUCAAGGAAAACACUAUGUCUGGCGCAAACCCAACACCUCUCAUCACCCCGAGAACACCAUGAAGCAUGGUGGUGGCAGCAUCAUGCUGUUUUUCAUCAGCAGGGACUGUGAAACUGGUCAGAUUUGAAUGAAUGAUGGAUGGCGCUAAAUACAGGGAAAUUCUUGAGGGAAACCUGUUUCAGUCUUCCAGAGAUUUGAAACUGGGGUUCACCUUCCAGCAGGACAAUUUACAUUUACAUUUUAGUCAUUUAGCAGACGCUCUUAUCCAGUGCGACUUACAUGAGCAAUUAGGGUUAAGUGCCUUGCUCAAGGGCACAUCGACAGAUUUUUCACCUAGUUGGCUCGGGGAUUAGAACCAGCGACCUUUCGGUUACUGGCACAACGCUCUUAACCACUAAGCUACCUGCCGCCCUACAAUGACCCUAACCAUACUGCUAAAGCAACACUCGAGUGGUUUAAGGGGAAACAUUUAAAUGUCUUGGAAUGGCCUAGUCAAUGCCCCAAGAUUUCUGUACACCAGCGGAACCCAUCCAACUUGAAGGAGUUGGAGCAGUUUUGCCUUGAAGAUUGGGCAAAAAAUCCCAGUGGCUAGAUGUGCCAAGCUUAUAGAGACAUACCCCAAGAGACUUGCAGCUGUAAUUGCUGCAAAAGGUGGCACUACAAAGUAUUGACUUUCGGGGGGGUGAAUAGUUAUGCACGCUCAAGUUUUCAGUUUUUUUGUCUUAUGUCUUGUUUGUUUCACAAUAAAAAAUAUUUUGCAUCUUCAAAGUGGUAGGCAUGUUGUGUAAAUCAAAUGAUACAAACCCCCAAAAAAUCAAUUUUAUUCCAGGUUGUAAGGCAACAAAAUAGGAAAAAUGCCAAGGGGGGUGAAUACUUUCGCAAGCCCCUAUACUACUAUGUGUCUACAGUGUGCUGUAUACGGGAGGUAAAUGGUUGCAAGUUAGCUGAAGAUAACCGCCGUAAAAUGCCAAAAGUGAACUUUUUUGACUUCAUACAUUUGUUUUAUUGCUUACUUCAACAUUUUCUUUACCGCAGAAAUAGUUCACUCACUAAGUAGUUGAUAACUGUGUGUGUCCCAGGUGGUGGAGAAGCUGAUACGGGGCUUGGCCAUGGAGGACAGCAGGAACAUGUUCGCCCUGUUUGAGCACAAUGACACCACUGACAAAGCCAUUGAGAGCCGUACAGUGGUGGCUGACGUCCUUGCCAAGUUUGAAAAGUAAGUGUGUGUGUGUGUGUGUGUGUGUGUGUGUGUGUGUGUGUGUGUGUGUGUGUGUGUGUGUGUCAGUGACGUGCGGUGAGGUCGGUGGCUGAGUAGGCACAGGCUAUUAUCAAAGCCAGAUUUACUCACAAAUAAACCUUGAUGAAGCCCAAGUUCACCAUACAACAGAUAGCUCCAACAAUCAGAGUGACAUAGGCUAUCAACCGAAAUUAACAAAAAUGUUCACCAAAUGUAGACCUAAAUACCAAUGUAGCCUCCGAAGGCCGCAUAUUUCAUAUCAUCCGACAAAAUGACACUGCUCAACUCAACUCAGCAAUAGAUGGAUUGGUUGUUUAGCAACAAAACCAACGCGUUCGCAACUACGGGGCAAAACAGACAGGGUUGGCUUAGAUUGUUGACAACAUGUAAACUAUAUUGUCUCCAAAUGUUUAUUGAAAACAUAAAUACAUUUGCACAAUGAGCACUUGUUGUCUCUCAAAUACAUUGUUACAGUUGUUGGUUAGCUAGCUAGCAAAUUAUUCUAAAAACACCUAAAAACAAGACAUGGUAUCAAGAACAAGAUAUAAAACUAGCUGAAUUGAGCCACCUACAAUUCCCUACAUGGCAGCUUCUUGUCAUUCUGACCUUUCAGAAUCAUGAUAUCACGCGACCUUCAGGCCCAUCGAUGUGCAUGCAUAAUUUUUGUGAUGUCAACCAACCCGUCUAUAGACUGACGUAACCAUCCACAGUUACAACCAACCAAUAUGGACACAUUUCAUCCGAAUAGGUCACAACGCAAACUCCAUAGUCUUUCACAAUUAAUUGACAAUUUUUUCAAUGCACCACGCACACACACACAUAAUAAUAUUAUUAUGUGAAAUAUUAUUUAAUAUUUAUAUAAUAAAUAAUAUAGUUAAUAUUGUUUUAAAAAAUAUGACAUUUCCAUACAAUCAAAAUGACAGAAACAUUUCUAAUCAAAGCAAAAUUCUAGCUUGAUAAAUCAAAUGCCGACAUGAAAAACAAAGCAAUUGGUGCGCUCUAAACAGCUGACCAGCAAAUGGAAAGAAUGACAGAUAGUGAGCAAUGGAUAAAUCUACAUAAUGCAUUGAAAUAAAAGGCAUAAAUCAAAAGCAUUACUUACUUUAUUAAGGUAAACAAAGCAAACUCGACCAAACAAUGGCGAAAAUGAGGAAAGUAAGCUACAAAGGAAAAUAUUUUAUAACGGUAGCUGAGGAUUCAGCACUGAUGAAUGGACAGUUCUGGGGCAGGUUAACUCUGUGGUUCUCAAUGGACAGCACCUUUGUCUAGCCAGUUGUUUCCGUUUGUGUACAUGCCAGGAGACGGUUUGUUGGCACAGUUCAUUUCACGCACACUGAUAACGUUUUACAAGUUUGAAUACGCCACUAAACCGUUAUUCUCACGUUCAUUCAACAGUAGCCUACCCUGCUAAUUGCAAAGGAAAAUGCAUUUAGGCCUACCUUUACUUGUAAAUUAGGUCCAUUCAUCUGUCCUUACAUCACUGACUGCUUCAAUCAAAUCCUUCUGUAUUCUGUUUGAUAUAAGCCUAUCCGAAAACACCCAAGUGUCUGGGUUCAUCAUUACCCCGAAAUGCUAACUCUAGUUUCCCUAAAUAUGUUGCUCUAUCUAAUAAGGUCCUUCUUCAAAAUCUCACGGUUUGCCUUUAUGCUACCUUGGAUUGUGCAUGGUGACUUGUUGUUUUUGCUGCUCAUUUAACGGCAGAUCGAUCCGUGAUCUGGUGUUGGAUGUGCGAUGCUGAUUUUUCGUGUUUGAUGAGGGCAUCAGGUUGUUGAGGUCGCAGUAGCAGCCUUCUGUUGUACCCUGUUGAAAAGGGGAAACAGUACAGGCGACUACUGGUAGCGCAGCCAUACAGCCAGUCUUUUCAUUCAUAUCACUCCCGUUUAAACCAUCAGAUGAUUUUCUGUCCCUUCCUCUGAUGAAGGUCAGGAAGCGCAGGUGUUGGGUUCCCUUUUAUGACUUAGCCUACACCAAGUUUUCCUUGGAAAUCCAACUUGGAAAAUAGUUUUAGGUGCUGUAUAGUGUCCAUUUUGUCAGGUUGCUUUUUUACUCAGUUGAAGGGAUGCACGCCAAAUUAUGUAGACACGCCCAAAUAAUGUUUAAGCUUUAAAGACAAUAUGCAUGCGCAAAAUAUGAACUCCGCUCAAUGCAACAAAUGAAGCUAGUAUAAGCAGCGAGGCCUAUGCCUACGAUGUCCAUCAACAUUGACUGGAGUCAGGAAUGGCUGCGCAUGUCAACGAUUUGACUGGAUGGGAAGGUAGGCACAGAUCAACGAGAGCCUUUGAUGGAUUUUUCGCAAAUUGUUUUGAUUUUGAGCAUAAAAGCCCCCAAAAACAUUGAGAAAAAACAUUAGAUAACCAAAAGGAAUGGGGUUUUAACACCUAUUUUAUUAGCCUACCCUGACUGCAAGUAACCGGUGUGAGCAUGUGUGUGCGUGUGUGAGUCUGUGAACAGUACUAGUAACACUCACUCAUCUUUUCCAGGCUCUCUGCAAGUCAAGAUGAGACCAAGACAGGCUGGAAGUUCUAUUUUAAGCUUUACUGCUUCUUAGACACAGAUAAUGUACCCAAGGACUGUGUUGAGUUUGCCUUCAUGUUUGAGCAGGUAUGAACCAGCGAAAAAAAACAUCCAUCCACACUGUUUCUGUCUGUCGGUAUGUCUGAAGCCAAUAAAUUAGUAAGAUCCGUUAUUGUUGUGUUGGCUGUGUAUCUGCCAGUCUAAGCGUUAAUCCGAUGAUAACAGCUUGUCAAAGACAAUCGUUGUCCUUUAAUAAAGGAUUCCUUCUUCCUCUUUGUUUCAUUCUACCUAUCUCUCUCUCUCGCUUUCUUACUCCUGUCUCUCAUUCCUCCUCUAUUUUUUCUCUUCUCUUUCUCUUUCCCCACUCUUUUUCCUCUUUCCUCCUUUCUCUUUCUCUUGUCCUCCUCCAGGCCCAUGAGGCGGUGAUCAGAGGCCAGUACCCAGCCCCGGAGGAGACCCUCCAGUUCUUGGCCGCCCUGAGACUACAAUACCUCCUCGGAGACUACAACCCCCAAGCUACCGUGCCCGAAAUGUCUCAGGUGUUCCCUAUGACUCGGUUGUGUGCCCGCAUCCAAAAUUCCAACAAGACUUUCUCCCCGGCCACUGGUUUGGGCAUGGGGUCAGUGGUGGACCGUUCCGAUGGAAACUCGGAGAAGAAGCGCUCCAGCUUCCUGGAGGGAACGCUAAGGCGUAGUUUCAGGAGCGGCUCAAUGAGCCGCCAGAAGCUGGAGGAGGAGAAUACGCUGGAGGCCUGGAUGAGGGAAGAGAUAGCUGCAGCACGAGCCAGCCUGGUGAACAAGUGGAAGAAGCUGCAGGGGAUGAACCAGGAGCAGGCCAUGGUGAAGUACAUGGCCCUGGUCAGAGAGUGGCCUGGCUAUGGAUCCACGCUCUUCGAAGUGGAGGUGAGUGGCCAUCACCAAAUAGUGGUUUACAUUUAGGUUUUAGACAUUUAGCACAGGGUUUCGUCUGGGACCCUCAGUCAUUUCGCAUUUUUGUUCUAUUCCAACACUAUCACACCUAGGUUGUGUUCAUUAGGGCACACAAUGGAAAAUCAAAUGUUGUAUUUCCCUGUUGAUUCAGUCCGUUUUCUUCCGUGUCGUGCCUUGUGAACACAAUCCUGAUUAAAGGACUUGAUGAAGAUGAGACUGAAACAAAAAGUAAUGCCCAGAUCCGGACCGAAAUGGAAAACUCUAUAAGUGAUAUAAAUGGAUCUGUCACCAUCGUUGACCCAUUCCUCAUACUCAUACCUUGUCUCCUUCUUGUCUCCUUUCCUAGUCCUGUGACGGGGCCUUCCCAGUGGAGCUGUGGCUGGGGGUGAGCAGGGAGGCCAUCUCGGUGUAUAAGCGUGGCGAGCCCUGGCCCCUGGAGGUCUUCCCCUAUGAGCUCAUCCUUUCGUUUGGGGCCCCACUGCCAAACGCCUACAAGAUAGCCGUGGAGGGCCGCGAACUGCUCUUCGAGACCAGUCUGGUAUGUUAAGCCACCCAUUAUAUAGGCUGUUAUAAGGAGCCAUGAUGGUAAUGGCAUGUUUUUUAAUGCAAUGUAAUAAUGGUACACAGUAUUAUAAUUAUACGUUCAUAGAAAGUGUUGCAAACCCUUUUCUGUUAUACAGAGACUGUGUCAACUGUAAGGUCCUAACCGCUCCUCCUUCACUCUUUCCCCAGGUUAUGGACAUUGCCAAACUGAUGAAAGCAUACAUUAGCAUGAUCGUAAAAAAGCGCUACAGCAACUCCACAUCCAUCAGCAGCCACGGUAGCCAGUGUAGCACCUGGUGA